CUUGGAGAAGGAACGUUAAUCAUUAGAGAUGCAACAAUUAUAAAAUAGCACCGAGGGAAUGGUUUGCAUUGGACAAAAGCAGUUCCUCAAAGCAUUGGAACUGUUACACAACGUUGUGACAGCGCCUAUGUCUAGUCUAAAUGCAAUAGCAAUUGAAGUUUACAAAAAGUACAUUUUGGUUUCACUGAUUCAUCUUGGGCAGUUCUCUACCAGUUUUCCAAAGUACACUUCUUCCGUGGCUCAAAGGAACUUAAAGAACUACUGCCAGCCCUACCUGGAGUUGUCAAACAGUUAUGGCACUGGAAAAAAGGAAUAA